AAACCAUUUCGGCAAAAAGGUUCCCUCUCAGUGUUUACUUCCGAGGCCACGAAAGUUUUCCCGAGACGGAUCCGCGGAAGAAAUAUUUUAAGAGUGAAAAAUCAGUUAAAUGAUGGCAGACUAUGACAUUAAGAUGACUGAAGAGGAGCGAGAUUCUGACCAGCGUUACCCGUUUUCACGAUGCAGUUCAACUGGCUCGAUCCAUACCCUCACUUCUUCAGCUAACAACACAGAUGUUACGGACGAUGAGGACAGCGACCGAGGCAACCAGAUGAGCUAUAAGGAAAGACGUCGGGAAGCCCACACUCAGGCAGAACAGAAGAGACGUAAUGCGAUAAAUAAAGGGUACGACUCGCUUCAAGAUCUUGUCCCAACGUGCCAGAACUCGGAACAAGGCCAGGGGUACAAGAUGUCAAAGGCAACGGUGUUGCAGAAGAGUAUCGACUAUAUACAGUUUUUGAAGAAGGAAAAAUCCCAGCAAGAGAAGGAGGUUGCAGCAUUGCAGAAGGAAGUUGUAGCCCUGACGAUCAUGAAGUUGAACUACGAACAGAUUGUGUCCGCCCAUCAGAGCCAGCCCGGCCAGCUGAACAAGCAGAUCUCCGAUGAUGUUAAAUUCCAAGUGUUCCGUGCAGUGAUGGAUUCCCUCCACCAGACCUUUGACCAGUGCGUAGCCACCAACAACUUUGCAGAAAUCUCUGGCUCGGUUAUAUCAUGGGUUGAAGAACAUUGUAAACCUCAGAUUCUGCGCGAAAUUAUGUGUGGAGUUCUUCAGCAGCUCGGUACACAUGAAGCAGCUUUUAUGAAUUGAUGCUAAUCUUACAACCACUUCAAGAUAUUGUAAGCAAAUUAACUUGUCUUGAAGACUGGGAAGGGAGUAUUAUACAAGCACUUUUUUUCCAGUGGACCUUCACAGGGACAUGCAUGUAGUGACUAGUAAUAUCAUUGAGGCUCCUGUUAAAUUAUCCAAGGAAACUGCAGCAAAAUAAGUUCACAGUUUUGUACCAUGGUCUUAAAACUUUACUGAAUUGAUUAACCAGUGGAAUGAGAGACAAAUCUCCAGCUGUGGAAUGUCGAGAGUGUAACUAGAUUCAUCUUUUCCUGAUCAGAUGCAACCCAGAGCAGCUAUGUCCAAGCUUAGAGAGAGAGAGAGAGAGAGAGAGAGAGAGAGAGAGAGAGAGAGAGAGAGAGAGAGAGAGAGAGAGAGAGAGAGAGAGAGAGAGAGAGAGAGAGAGAGAGA